CCUUCCUCAUGCUUAGAAAAGGAGGAGGCACAACUUCGCACAGACAGUACGCGGUCAGCCAGCAAGACGAGACAAAAUCAUGGCCUCAAAGAUUUGGCACAUUCUUCUAGAACAAAGGCUCCUUCUUCUGCUUCAUCUAGCUGUGGUGAUAACCAGACUCGGGUCAGCUGAUGCUGGGAAUUCUCCGAUUGUGUAUGAUGGGUUGGUUGGAGGAAAUGUCACCUUCUACUGCCCUGUAGCACAAGAAUCGCAACUGGAGUUUCUGUACUUUCAAAAAGUUGUUGAUGGAAAGUCCGUUUUCCUUAAUGGAUAUCAUUCAAAACCUCUUAUAAAUCAACUUCCAAACACAGAAAUGGAUCAAAACCACACAAUGAUGCACAUCUACAGACUAAACCUAUCUGACAGUGGGGAAUACCAAUGUUAUUAUAGGUAUAAAAAUGCUGCAAGUGGCGAUCUCUACGAGGUCCAGAUUUAUCUUAAUGUCACAGCUCUCUUCAGUAAGCCUGAAACCUCAGUCAGAUGUAGAGAAGAAAGCGGCGUCCCAUCGGACUGUAAUGUGACAUGCCACUCACAUAAUGGGUUAUCAGGAAAACGGAUGGAGUGGAAUGUUCCUGGAAACGUCAACAGGGAAAUGUGGAGGGUUCUCCUUAACGAUGAAAGUCCUUCCAGAGACGAGUUGGUUAGCAUCUCCAGCACUGCGAAUUUUAACUGCUCUGUUGGUGAAGUGAAGGUGUCCUGCUCCGUGGACACGUUCACCUCAGAGAUCGUCUCAGCAUGUUCUUCUAAGUUCCCUCCUGAUCCGCCUUACAACUUCAGUUCUGCUGUGAUAGCUGCAACUGUUAUUUGUUCGGUUUUUUUGUUUGGCCCGCUUUUGUUUUGGUGCUUGAAGAACAGAACAGGUACUGACAAAGGGUCAGUAGAACAAAACAUUGUUGAGGAGGUCAUAGUUCUACAGCCAAUGGGAUCAUGAAUAUCUACAAGAACAUUUGAACUGCAGCUCAAACAUCCUGGAAUACAGGACCUAAGCUAUUUGUCAGUCAAACGCACAUGUGACCUAAAGCCGGUGCACGAAUGCCCACCGAGCCUUUGACUCAUCAGGGAGUGACAGUAGGGCAUCUCAGCAGAAGGAAGUAUUUACAUUUAACUGGUGAAAUUGUGUGUCCUCAAACAAAAGUGGUCAACUUUCCAAAGAAAUGACAUUUCCGAUGGGGCGUGGUUCAUUGUGAUCUGAGCGCACAAUGCAAAAGAACGUCGAAUGGGAACCUCUACCAAAGACGAGAAGUAAAACUGAACCUCAUGAAGUCUCCUCUGUUGCACUGAGCUUUGCUGGAAUGACUGCUCUACAUUCACACUUGCAGAUCUGGUUUUGAAUGUGCUGAUGUCUCAGUACUCUUCAGUGGAUAUUUUAUAAUAUUAUAAAUCAUUCUACAAAAAGGAAAAAAAAAAACAUAUUUUUUUUUUUUAUAAAAAGGUUGUGUUUGUACCAGCAAGACUAGUAGACUGAAGGAACUGUUCAUGGCUUGAUGUCAGCAUUUUGUGUGCACAGUUAUGUGCACUUUGACGUCAUGGUAUCAGUUCCAGUAAAGUGCAAUAUUUAUAGAAUGAGAACUUUUUUUCUUUUUAAGUAAACUUUGAGAUUAUCGCGUCUUCCCGUUUUUAUGUAAAAGAAAGUAACCAUGUUGGACUAUCAUGAGAUAUUUAAGUUAUUGUGUCUCUCUUUUUUAUGAUGUACAAUGUAAUGUUUACUCUGUUUACGCAGUUAGGGGAGAGGAGCUGUCUGGUUUUCCCCUUUGCUCUGAGUUACCAGACAGCUUCAAAAAGCUGCUUUCAUUUCCCUAAAAUUUGCAUCACAGUUCUCUUCAGGGACACUUCUGUUUUUUUUUGUUUUUUUUCUUUGUUUUUUAAUAUGAGAUUUUUUUUGUAUCGACAUUUGUAAGAAAACAAAUAAACUCUGUAUUUAAAUUUUAAUAAUGCUGGGGAAACAAAUGUUGUACCUUGUCUGCAGAUGUCUGUAUUUAAAUCAUUUUGAAUUUUGAGAGAAAAACUGUGCACACUGUUCUGACACUAAAGAGGUUACUGUGGUGCCACAAUAAAAAAAAUAAAUAAUCUGUGAUCUUAUGUAACCUAACUAGAUGAUUUAGAGCAUAACUGUGAAGCAUAAUGAACAUAUUACAUGGUUAGAAAGCAAAUAAAAAUAUGAAAUGUGUCAUA